GCACGCGUCUGGCAGACUUGGAUUUGACUUGCAUCAGACUUGGAUUCGCAAAUUCACACCCAACUCUAAUACUGUACGCAGCUCUCACCCAAGAGACGUUCAAUAUGUCCUACGAUUUCGCAGGGGGCUCUUUGAAGCUCAAGGGGCUGGACUCGGGAAAGAUAAAAAAGAAAUCCAAAAAGUCCAAAAAGGACAAAGAGAAGCUCUCCGCCGCCCUCUCAGCCUCGAUUACAUCAUCCUCCGACCCCAUCUUCUCAUCAGAUUCCACCACAGCAUCCAGUUCCCAAACCUCCAGUCUACCACCACCGCGUACCAAAACAGCCGCCGAAGUGAAGUUUGAGGAGAUUCAGAAACAAAGGCAGCGGGAUCGGAUAGCUAAGACGGCGUCGCAGAGUCAUAAGGAGCGGGUGGCGGAGUUCAACAGAUAUUUGGAGAACUUGUCGGAACACUACGAUAUCCCGAAAGUUGGACCUGGAUGAGACGAGAAGGACGUGCAAGCUGCAGUUUUGGGAAAACACCGAGUUGGGAGAACUUAUAUAUAGGGUGAUGGGUGACGACUAGGAUUGUCGUUAACUUCACUCAAAAGGACCGACGCAUCAGAAACGAUAUCCGACAACAUACUCGACGCGGCAACAUCCACAGGAGGACUCAAAGGAUAUGAGAGGAGCGGUUCAUUGGGAAACACUCGAAUAGGUCGGAUGGCACAGCA